AUGAUCGAGGAGGCAAUACUGGAAGCACGGAAACUUGCGCACGAGAACAGACUCGAAGGAAAGGAGUUAGACGAGCUCGACGAACUCGAGGAUGAGGAAGACGAAGAGUUUCUUGAGCUGUACCGGCAAAAACGUAUGCAGGAGCUUAAUGCGCUGAGCAAAAAGGCUGUUCAUGGAACCGUGUACCCGAUAUCGAAGCCGGAAUAUGAACGGGAGAUAACGGGGGCAUCGAACAAGGGCCCCGUGUUUCUCAACCUUACCUCCUCCACAAACACGAACGUGGAGUCGCGAGUGCUCUCGGAAUUAUGGCGCCAAGCUGCGCAAGAAUAUGGCGAAGUCAAGUUUUGCGAGAUGCGAGCCGACCGUGCUAUUGAAAAUUAUCCGGAGAAAAACUGCCCGACGGUACUAGUCUACAAGAACGGGGAUAUCAUUAAGCAGAUUGUAACUCUGAUGACACUCGGCGGGGUAAGAACCACUAUGCUUCAAAUAGACACCCUGCUGGUUGAGACGGGCGCGGUUCCCGAGUCAGAUAUGAGGGUGCUCAAAAGAAGGAGGGCUGCCGAAGAAGCGGAGGAGGAGAGGAUCAUGGGCACAAAGAACAUCAAGACAUCCAAUAGAUCUCGACUCAGCGACGAUGACGAUGAUUGGGAUUGA